AUGAAGACGAUUUGCGAUGUGAAUCGAAUUACGCCGCCCGGUGGAAUUCACGCGAAAGGCGAUCAAUUCCGGGACACCGAAUUGCUCGUCGCGGUCGUUCGGACGCGGAUUCCCAGCAGAAAUGGCGCGAGUGGAUGGAUUGUGCGGGAGAUAUUAGCCUGUCGGCCGAUACGGGUUGAGUCGGGAUCAAGUGAGGGAAACAGCAAGUCAAGUUCGGAUCGAACUACCGAUGGUGAAUCACCAAAAACGGCGUCUCAAAAUAGUAAUAAGGCCAAAUUUAUCCAUACUAACGAAUUCUACGUAGGCAUACGCCCAUUAAUUCUGAUACCAGAACGUGACAGCCAGUUGCAAACAAAAUACCCACUCGAAGAUGAAGCUUCCACGUGCUCGUUCCGGCGAGAACCAUCUGGAUCCGGUGUUUCCGACCGGCCUGCUGAGAAUCGGACUAGGGAAAUAGAGCCUUCGAAUUCACAACCUAAGCCUGGCCGGAUCGCUGCACCACAAACUUACGAAAAGCAAAAAAUUCAAAGCGAUGAACUUCGAGACCAACCCGAAACCUCCCAAGAAGUCCGCAAGUCCUCUAGAACCUCGGAAAAACAACGGAUCAGGGGUGUUUGCGUGAAAAUUUGGGGCCACUACCGUGUCUUGUGGCUAAAAGAUGGACGUCUGGCAGUUUACGAUUGCCGUGAAUGGCCCGAACAAGGGGAACGACGGGUGCAGUUGGGUCGAUUCUACGAGGUUUUUGUCUCCAAGCUGGACACUCCCGUUCUCGACAAGAAGCUGAACUAUGGCUGGGAAAUCACAGAUUGCCGGGCGAUUCCUGAUGUUCAUCAACCUAUUGUUGACGAGAAGAAGGCGAAUUUCCGCUGUCGUAAUCUUGUAUUCACCAGCUAUCGUCAGGAAAAGAAUAAACGAGUUCCGAUACUGAAAGAUGAAUUUUUCGGGGAAAUUCCUGAUCGAAAUGAAAUUCUAGCGGACCCUGCGCCCGGUGAUAAAUUCCAUGUCGUAAUCAGAGCCGUACCAAAGUCGGAUUCCGGAUUGGAAUGGAUCGUACAUUCCGAUUUUAUUGAAGAAGAGAGACCACCUAUGGCGGUAGUUCCACCUUUUGAUCAGAUGAGGAGGAAUUCGUUGGAAUCCACUACGCUACCAUACGAUCAACGCUCGGUAUCGUCGUCACGCACUAAUGAUGAGUUGUACCGAAUCAAUGAAGUCAGUUCAACUCCAAAAGAUGAACUUCGUGCGGCAUCGAGCUUGAUGGAAAAUUCUGAGCUAUCCUUCGACGAGAGCAUCCAAAGAGUUCCGGAAGUUACCGAUAAAUUCUUGGAGCUUGCUGACCUGAUGCUCAAA